AUGGUUACAUAUCCAAUUGAACAUGGUUAUUCUCCUGUUUAUUUAAAACAAGCUCAACUAAUGAGUAUUCACUUUGUACGCAUUCAUUCUAAGUUAGUCACAGCACCAGGAUGCCAUGAACAUGAACAUGGAUCAAAUGAAGGCCAUUGUAAAAGUGGAUACGAACCAUGGACAUUUAAUGUUUAUUUUCCAGCUGGUGGAUGGACAGGCGAUAUAUUAUUUCAGGCACCAUGCAAUGCAGAACUUUUUCUUACAGCGUUAAGUAUGAGUGGAGUAGAUCCAACAUUCUGGAGUGUUGGUUGGCGAUUUGUACCCUAUGGUGACGUUGAUGAUUCAAAGGUGGUUGAGACAGGUGUAGACUCAAAUAUAAAUUGGACACAUCCUGUUCAUAUAUGUGUUGACAGUUCACCUGUGCCAUGUUUUUCAUCCACUGAUUUAAUUGAUAAUGUGACGGAAUUGAAUAGUUAUGAUUUAUCAUCUGCACACAUUCGUGCUUCAAAUUAUUGGAGAGCUCGUUGGCUUGCCUUAACGGGUUCAAAACAACAAUAUUCGGGUACGUGGCAAUGUUGGAUUCAAGGAUUAGCGAUUACUGAACAUCCAGUCAAAACUAGUUUCCCUAUUCGUUGGUUAACAAAUGAAGUGCAUAUGAAAAUAGUACCAAGGAAGCAUGUUUACCGUUGGUGGACAACAAUCGAAUUAUGGCGAGUAAUAGCAUUAAUUAUGGCACCAUUAAAUAUUGUCUUCAUUUUUAUUAUAUUUUUGAUUGGGUGGUAUUCAGCUAAUCGUUAUAAAAAUCAAAUGAAACAGAAAGAAAGAUCAAUUGGUGGUAAAAAGAAAUUUUUACUAAGUCAACAUAUGACAGAUACUGAGUCGACUAAGCAAACACCAGCCGUUUAUUUGGAUAGAUUCCUUCAAAAAUCUGGUAUUCGAUCAUAUAAAGAAUAUGCUAUACGCACAAAGAGUUGAAUGUGCUCAACACAGAAUGAGAAUAAAAGCAUAUAUUAGUGGUAAGAUGAAAUCAAAACAUUCAAGUAAUCAAGUAUUCAACUCUUUCAUAAGGUCAACAUUCCCUCUGAUUUAUGUUCUUAAGUUUAAUAAAAUAAUAUUUAUCAAACAUUUAAUUCUAAUGAGUUCAACAAUACGAAUGUAUAGUUGAUAGACAGAUAG